AUGCGCCCACCAACCGUCUUCUGCCGCAGGCAGCUUCUCGCAUCUGAUAUCCGACGGCAUCAGCGACGCUUUUCGCCAGAAGCAGUCCCUGUGCGCCAUUGCUCGUGCCAGGCCAGCCCCGUGACUCGGCCGGAUGCCUCCUCCACACGCUCCUCGCUAUCCCGACACAACACCACUGAUUCAUCCUCCAACAUCCAGCCCAACUCAGCAGCUGCAGAUCACCGCAUACUCGGCACAGCACAAGAACUGUUCACGUCGUCGCCUUACAGCCCCGGAUCGCCGUUAUUCCUGCCCAAUGGCACGCAUAUCAUCAAUAAGCUGAUCGGGUUCCUCCGUGCGCAAUACCGGCAAUACGGCUUCCGCGAAGUCUUGACGCCGAACAUCUACAAAAAGUCGCUAUGGGAAAUAUCCGGUCACUGGCAAAACUACAAGGAUGAUAUGUACGAAGUGCGUGGCCGCGGCGCCACCGGAGAAACUGCAGGAGAGGUCGGCGAGGAUGAAUCAUACGGGUUGAAACCCAUGAAUUGUCCGGGCCACUGCCUGCUGUUUAAAUCGCAAAAUCACUCCUAUCGUGAUUUGCCAGUGCGCUACACGGACUUUAGUCCUCUGCAUCGAAACGAGAUCUCCGGUUCCCUAAGCGGACUGACCCGAGUGCGGCGAUUCCAUCAGGACGACGGCCAUAUCUUCUGCCGCCCGCAGCAGAUCGGGAAGGAGAUCGAUCUGGCAUUAGCCUUUGUUAAUAUGGUGAUGAAGACGUUUGGACUGAAUAAAUAUAACCUGGUCUUGUCUACACGACCCGAAAAGGACUUUAUCGGAAGUCUGGACCUCUGGAACACUGCCGAACAACAACUACGGGAUGCACUGGAUAAGAGCGGUCUGCCAUGGGAGUUGAAUGAGGGGGAUGGCGCGUUUUACGGUCCCAAAAUCGAUAUUCAGCUGCAGGAUUCGGACGGAAAAUAUCACCAAUUGUCGACCAUUCAGCUGGACCUCAACCUCCCCCAACGCUUUGAGCUCGAAUACCAAGUUGCCGAGGGAGAGCCGGAUUAUGAUCCUCGCAAUCCCGGAAAGGCGACCCCGGUGUUGAUUCAUCGUGCCAUUUUUGGUUCACUAGAGCGCUUCCUGGCGCUCUUGAUUGAGCGCUACGCAGGCCGUUGGCCAUUCUGGCUUUCUCCGCGACAGGGCAUUAUCCUGACCGUGCAGACGGAUGAGCCGGUGUUGCGUCUCGCUGAAGAGGCGGCUUCCAAGUUUUCGGGAUUCCGUACCAUUGUUCCAAGGCUACUGUCGGAGGAGGCAGCAGCCCAACCAGCUGCUCCGCUUACAUCGACUGAGCCGACGUUCCUCAUCGAUGUCGACAGCAGCAGCCGAUCGCUAUCCAAGAAGAUCCAGCACGCCAAGGCAAUGAAGUACAACUUGAUUUUUGUUGUGGGAUCGAAAAACGUCGCCGACUCAACCAUUGACGUCGACAUCUCCGGCCAGCUCCAGGGCAGCCGAGAGGACGAUUCAGCGACACUGCGCGGCGUGCUGAGCGGGCUCGUUGGGGACUCGGCUUUGCAGAAUUCGCGGGCGCUGAAAAUGAAGCUUGACGAUGUCCGGCCGCUGCUGUUGCAGCUGGAGCGCAAUUUCCUAUAA